AUGAGUGUCUGUGUUUGUCCCCUCAUUUCAGUGAAGAACUUGGAAACAGGCAGAAGCACUCCAGGGGUGAAGAUAUUUCUAGGCCAUGAAAUAGUCACCGUGGAAGUGGUGGGUGAACCAGAUUUGACGAAGAGAACAGCGUUGCGCUCCGAGUGCACUUCAGCUCUUGAAGGGAACAAACAAGCAGACACAGGAGCAGCAGAUUGUGGCCCAUAGAGUUCACGUUGCAUUUCCCUAGAGAGCCAGCUCAGAGCCUCAAAUAGCUUAAAAUAUUCCCUCCCAGGUGAUAAAGAAGAAGAAAAUGUGGAGUACACAGUUGUUGAUUGUUUCCAGAAGAAAUUUGGCCCAGCAGUGCUGCACCUAAAACAGCAGUGUGUUGUCAGUAUAGCAGGAGAAGGUGUUAAUUUGUGUCAUCAUGGAAAACUCUUAUGGCUUGAGAUGGCAACAAAGAGCUGUAUUUUUCUAUUUGAUAUCUUCCUUCUGGGACCUCAGGCAUUAAAAAAUGGAUUAAAGAUGGUGCUUGAAGACAAAAACAUCUUGAAGGUCAUACAUGACUGCCGCUGGCUCUCAGACUGCCUCUUUCAUCCGUACGGUGUCCUUCUCUCCAAUGUCUUUGAUAUACAGGUUGCUGAUGCUCUGCAGUUCUCCAUGGCAACAGGUGGCUUCCUUCCACAUCGUGUCUGCACAUUGCAGGAGUGUCUGAUGCAGCACUUGAAGAUACCUUCCAAAUGGGAUGCCAUAAUGAAGGGCAGGCAGCAGAUGGUUUCAGAGAAUCCUGACAUAUGGUUCUUGAGACCCGUUCCAGCUUCUCUGCUUAAAGCACUUGCUCUGAAGGUUAUUUAUCUUCUGCAGCUCCACUCAUCUCUAAUGGAUAACUUGAUGUCUGACCUGACAACUGUAGUACAUGGUUACUUAAAUAACUAUCAGACUGGGUGUGGAAAUGACCUGAGGAGCAUGAAGCUCACUUGCAUGGAGCUGCUAGAGGAGCUGCAUCAGUUGGCAGACAUCCAGAAGCAGAGAAGAAAGCAAGCGAUGAAAGACUACAGAAUGAAUGAGGAUGGUCUUUUGAUCAGACCAGUCAUGGAAUUGAAAGAGAGAAGUGAUCCACAAAAGGAUGCAAACUACAGGGAUGACAUGGGGAUUGCUUUCCCACAAAGUGGUGUCUCAAGUGACAUCCUUCUACAGGGAGGAUGCUCAAAAAUUAACAUCAAGUGGUAA